GGCGCGCCGAGAGGACCGUGCUCGAAACGGACUUACAUGGUUCCAUACAACGGUUCACGGGCCUACCUAGAACCUUCUAAACUGGCCUAGGAGGGUGCAGAUAUGGUGCUGGAGAGGUGCGAGAUGAACGAGUGAGGCUGUUUUUGGUGGAAAGCAGCCGACCUGGCCAUGGCCGCGAGCGCUCGAUUUGAAGAGCAGCCGAUCUUGCAUCAUGGAUCCGGCAAGCCCUGCACCGAUCAUACGGAGCGGGUAUCGACUAGAGCAACGGCAGAUGGGGAGGGGAAAAGUAGCGGUCUUUUACCCCGCUCCCAUUGUUUCCCGUCAUGCCAUCUCAUUGGGAGGAAAAGAGAACCUGGCACCCACGUAAACAGCAGAGAUCCGGACCCAUGGACCCUCGAGGUUUGCUUUUUACUUCACCUCUGGACUGCCAAGGGUUGAGAUUACAGAUGGUGAUUUUCGUUUCAUGUUGUAAGCUGCCUCACGGUCAUCGGGAUGGCCAGGCCCCUCACUGGCCUCGCCAACCUGCUUGGCUUUACUCGACACUGCAGCAUCACCGGGUUGGCCUGGCAAAGUCGCCCGGACACGGCGAGUUCUAUGGUCAGAUUGCCGCCACCAUCAUCAUCGCCCUUUCUUUCGUUCGCGUAACAGGCAUUCUCGCCUGGAUCAAGUGGCGGAUGGUGUGCGCGGGAGCAGCUGGCUUUUGGGAUGGAGGCCUAAUGACUGUGAACAAUCACCGUCGAGUCAUCGGUCGGGAGAAAAUGAAAAAUAAGAAAAGCGUGUCGGGGGGGGAAAGGGUGGGAAUACAAGGAUAGGGGUGGUGAAUAUCCAUUCCAUCUGGCCUCGUCGGGCAUCUGUGGUGAUUGUUCCUUCCGAAGUCAGUGGAAAUCCGGGUGUGGGGUGUAUCUAUCGCAUUGACCCAGCAUAUG